AUGACGAAGGAAGUGUAUAUUAAAAGCAAGGAUGGUACGGAUAAACAAGGGAAACAAACGGAUAAAGUUGAACUGGGGAUGCUUGAGGAAGACGAUGAGUUUGAGGAGUUCGUUGCACACCCAAUGAGUGGCGAUCCGAAAAAAGCAGAAGAAAUUACUGUUUGGGAAGACAACUGGGAUGAUGAUAUUGUGGAUGACGAGUUCACCCAUCAACUUAGGGCGGAGUUCCAGAAACAAGGAAAGGCAUUCGUCGUUCCUGAAAUCUUCCCUGGAGCUGAUUAA